AUGGAUAUUCUUUUAAAUAAACCAAUUACAAUUGUUGGUGGUGGAUUAGCAGGUAGUGCAUUAGCAUUAUUAUUAGGACAAAAAGGAUUUCCAAUUCAAGUUAUAGAAAAAAGACCAAAACAAAGUGAAAAUAUUAGAGCAAGAUCAAUUAAUUUAGCAUUAUCAGAUCGUGGUGUAAAAACAUUGACAAAGACAGGAUAUGUUGAUGAUAUAUUAAAGAUUGCAAUACCAAUGAAAGGUAGAAUGAUUCAUUCAUUAGAUAGUGUUCAAACAUUUCAAGCAUACAGUUCAGAUUCAAAUAAACAUUUAUAUAGUGUAUCACGUCAAUUAUUAAAUGAUAGAUUACGUGAACAUACAGAGAAAUUGGAAAAUGUUAAAUUCAUAUUCUCUGAUGCUUGUAAAUCUAUUGAUUUGAAGCAAUGUACAAUUCAAACUCAAGAUUCCAAUCAAACAAUCGAAGCAUCCACAAUCAUCGGUUGCGAUGGUGCCUUCUCUGCCGUCAGAGGAUCUAUGGUGAAAUUGGACAGACAAGACUACUCCCAAUCUUAUUUAAAGCAUGGUUAUAAGGAACUUUGCAUACCAAGCGGCCCAAAUCAAACAUUUCAAAUCGACAAAAACUCACUUCACAUUUGGCCACGUGGUUCAUUCAUGAUGAUCGCUUUGCCAAAUAUCGAUGGAAGUUUCACAUGCACCCUUUUCUUCCCAUUCGACGGUCCAUUAAGUUUCUCAUCCCUAGACACAAGAGAAAAGGUUGACCAAUUCUUUAAAGAUUAUUUCCCUGAUGCCUAUAAAUUAAUGCCAGAUCUUUUGGAUGACUAUUUUGAGAAUCCAACCUCAUCAUUAGUCACCGUUAAAACUGAACCAUACCAUUAUCAAGGUAAAGUAGUAUUAGUUGGUGAUGCUGCACAUGCUAUCGUUCCAUUCUAUGGUCAAGGUAUGAAUGCAGCAUUUGAAGAUGUUUUAGAAUUAUUUAAUUGUUUUGAGGAUAAAUCACUCUACCCAUCCUCCACUGAUAAACCAUUUGAUAAUGAUCAUUUCAAUAAUAUUUAUAAAAAAUAUCAAGAGAAUAGAAAAGCAAAUUCUGAUGCUAUUGCUGAAAUGGCAGUUGAAAACUUUUUUGAAAUGCGUGAUCAUGUUGGUGAUGCUUUAUUCCUUUUCAAGAAAAAGGUUGAACAUUUAUUAGAAGUUAAAUUCCCUUCACGUUAUAUUAGUCGUUAUGAAUUAAUUUCUUUCUCAACUCAACCAUACGCUUAUGCUCAAAAAAUUGGUUUAGCAAAUCAACAAAUCUUAAAUGAAUUAGUUAAAGGUAAUGAUGAUUAUAAUAUUGAAAAAAUUGAUUUAGUUUUAGCUGAUCAAUUAAUUAAAAAAUAUUUAAAUAAAUAA